GAGGAGAGAAAGGGAGAUUAGGGCUUUGUUUUGGUUUUGGUUGUUGAAGACGAGAGGCGUGAAGAGGAGCGAUCGGAAGGAUUCCGGCAAAAUGGAGGCCACAUUAGCGGCGCAAGUUCAGAUUCAGCUACGGCAGAUCUCCUUGCAUUCACUCUUCCACCACCAGCCACCUUCCGCCGCCUCAUCUUCUCCUUUCCAGAACCUUCCGGAUUCCCAAGCUCCCAACGCCUCCACGUCUGCUCUCGACUUCGACGUCGAUCCCACUGAUGAAAGAGAUUUCAUUCUCAGUCAAGAUUUCUUCUGCACUCCGGAUUAUAUCACUCCUGAGAAUCAGAAUUCGCUGAGCGGCUUUGAUUGCGAUAAGAAGCUGAACACUGUCAAGCGCAAAAGAAUUCAUCCAGAUGCUAUCUCAAGAAAUGCCCUUAGUCCUAUGUUAUCAAGCAAUCAACAAAUAGUGGAACUUGCCAAAGACUCUAUUGAAAUGAAUGAAGCUAAUAUGGAGAAAACAACAGCAACUGGAGCACAGAAGAGUAAAGGUUAUGUUUCACAAUCUGCAGUUGCUUUAUGUUGUCGAGUAAUGCCACCUCCCUGCAUUAAGAAUCCAUAUCUAAAGGAUGCUUCCAAAACAGAAAUAGAUCCCUUUGGAACUCAGAGAUCAAAAUGUGCAGGUCUCUUCCACUCAAGUAUUGGUGGAGAUGGUCUUUCACGCUAUCAUACAGAUUUUCAUGAGAUUGAGGAUGAAAACCUUAAUGGAAGUUUAAGCCCUGGCAGCUCUAGGGUCUCAUGAAAACAUUGUAGGAUAUUAUUCAUCCUUGUUUGAAAAUGGGCAACUGUACAUCCAGAUGGAACUAUGUGAUUAUAGCUUGUCCAGAAAUAAAGCUUCCCAAUUAUUCACAGAGGGCAAGCUACUGAAAGUCCUAUUUCAGAUUGCCAAAGCAUUGCUGUAUAUACAUGAAAGAGGAAUAGCUCACCUAGAUAUAAAACCUGAAUAUUUAUGUCAAGAAUGGUGUUUAUAAACUAGGCGAUUUUGGAUGUGCAACUCUACUGAAUAAGAGCUUGGCAAUUGAGGAGGGUUGUGCUCGUUAUAUGCCUCAGGAAAUCCUAAAUGAAAGUUAUGAUCAUCUUGACAAGGUUGAUGUCUUCUCUUUGGGAGCUGCAAUAUAUGAGCUUAUCAGACAGUCACCUUUUUCAGAACCAGGGGCCCAGUUUCUUAGGGAUGGAAAGUUGCCUCUCCUACCUGGGCAUUCAUUGCAGUUUCAAAACUUACUUAAGGUGAUGGUUGAACGGGAUCCAUCUCGACGUCCUUCUGCCAAACAAAUAGUAGAAAAUCCAAUUUUUGACAAGAUUCAGAGAAAAAUGUGAGAGCCUUUACAUGGGCGUUAUGUCAUAACUCAUAAUGGUAUUGCAAUGUUGUAUUUGUAUGGUUAGCUUUUGAAUCUGCAGGUCCAGCUUGAGGCCUGACUCUCAAGGGGAACAGGGUUGUUGAUGAUCAAGUCCCUUCUUAAAUUAUGUUUAUGCACCAAAUUUUGUUCCAUAAUGGUGCAGGUUUUGUAAUGUUUGGGUUCAAGAACUGUUAUACCGUGACUGAAAGACAGUGGCACCUUUUUUUGGUAUAACUUUGACUAUUUAAAUUUUUAACU